AGAUAAUUGUUUCAACACAUUGCUUUGAGUCAGGACUACAGAGCAACAUACUGAAGAUGUUGGAAAUUUCUGGAGCAAGAAAUGGAAUUAACCUUACAGAUUCUGCAAUUCUUUCGUUUUUUUUAAGUGGGUAUAGACUGGCUUGGCCUCGGACACUGAGAAAACAACUUGGGAGGAGCCUCUUUCGUCUCUCCAUGUUGUCCUGAAAUCCCUGCCAGUCUGGUACGACAACGACCAGCUGGUCGAAGAAUUUCUAUUGGUUGAUGUUGCAGUGACGGCCCGCCAAUGGUGGUGGCGGCAAGUUCAAAGGGUAACCGAGUCGGGGUGAAAGGUCGCCGGUCGCGUCUUAGCAACGGCGCUGCAAGUCCGUCUCUGCUGAGGGAGUGGGAGAAAGCAACGACUCCGGGGCAAUAUCACAUCAAUCAAGCAGCAAUGUUGGACAUCAUACAGUACGCCAUCGUAGAAAUCGGUAGAAACUGCUUCCUAACACUAUCCAACCUAACGGAAGGCGACAUUGUCAACAUAUGGGCAAAUGUUUCUGCUUUCGUAGAUCGCCACAUGUCUCUCCAGAAGGGAGUACAUAUCUCAGGCUUGGGGACCUUUACAUUUUCACAGCAAAGACUGGAUGUCGGCCGUAAGUUAAUUUUAAUUCAGAGGCCAGUAUUUGUGAUGUCUGAAAAAUUCGUGCAGAUCCAUGGAUUAUCCUACACAAAACAACACGUUUCUGGUGACAUACCUAUUGUUGAAUUAAAUUUUACAUUCCUGGCUCUGGAGGGCCCGUAUGAUCGGGAUACGGUUGAAGGGUGUGUCAAAGAGACUCUGCAGAUCAUGUAUCGUUAUAUAGCCAGUAACCGUAAUGUGCAUUUCACAUUCAAAGAUAUUGGAGUGCUAACGAUACGAAAUAACAAGAUCAAAAUGAAGUUUUAUAGAGAAUUUCUUAAUGCUAUGGAUGGUAGUGGAAGUUUAGUGAAAGCCCUUUCAAAUAGACCUGGGACUGCAGACUCAAUAAAGUCAGUUAGAGAUGUGUGUACAAGUCGACCUGCUACGACCAACUCAGUUUUAUUUCCCAGGAUUUCGCCAGGUGAUCUCAAUGAAAGAAAAUCAGUGCUGUUGUCAAUUAAAGAAGAAAACAACAGAGAAAACCAUGAAGCCCCCUCUAAAUCUGAACAAAAUGAACUAAAUAGAGAAAGUGAACAAAUUGAGAAAAUGAAGGAAAGAGAGAAAAGUAGAGAAGCAACAGAAAUGCCCCAUGUCAAACAGCCUUGUGUUAAACAAUCUUUGACUCCUGCUAAAACCUCUGCUGUGUGUCUGACAGAAGAUUUUCAAAAGACUACUGAACCCAAAGAUUUAUCAGAAAGGUUGUCUUCUCCAAAUCGUUCUCUAUCCUGUCAGCCUGGCAUUCAACAAACAAAUCGGCAGUCACUGAAACUCAAAACACCACCAGCCACCACCUGUGCUGAUCAUUGCAGAGCAGGACAGGAGCUCUGCUACCUUUGCAUGCAACGAGCUCUAAAGAAUUUCCCUAUCGAUGUUUCGGAGAACAGAAGAAGAAGGGAAGAGGAGAAUGAACAAAUAUUACAGCAAUAUCAGCAAAUAAAAGAUCAGCAGGCGCUCUUCCAGGAGCAGUGUGAAAUGUUGGCCAACAGAGAAAUCAACCAAAAGAUUUCAGCAUUCAAUAUGGGAGUCGCUGAAGCCAAAAAGAGAAAGAAGAAUUCAAAGUGCAGAGACUCUUAUAAAGGAUAUAUAUUUCAAAACAGACUCUUGACACCACCAGUCUUUCUGAAACAACAGCAGUAUGCACAAUGUCUAACUGAACAGAUUCAAGAGAAAAAGCGAAGAGAGGAAAAAAAGAGACAGGAUGAAGAGUUUAUGGAUCGCUUGGAACAAGUUCAGUUGGCUGAAGAUCUUGCUGUCCAAAGGCAGUAUUAUCAAAAGGAGAAGCAUGAACAAAUAGAGGCCUACAAGAAAGCAUUGGAUACACAGAGAAAAGAGAAACCACGUCAAUUACCAGCAUCAGUACCUGAUUCCUUUGAACCAAUCUUUGGUAAUUCUGAGCCAGUUGGAAAGUUAGAAGAACAAAAGCAAGCUGCUUAUAACCUUUACAAAGAGCAGAUGCAGGCUGCUGCUGACCGUAAGAGGAAUGCCAUUCUGAAUCAACUGUAUGAACAGAAAACUGAGUUAGAUAUGCUGGAAAGAAACAGAAAGGGCUUAAUAAAUGAACAUAAAAAACGCUAUGAAGAUCUGCAGAGAAUGCGUAAAGCAUUAGAAGAAGCAUGGAAUGAUAAUAUAACAAUGAAGCGACUGAAAAAUUAUGACGAAAAUCAGUACUCAAAGGCUAGAGGACUUUUCCUACUUGAUCAAUGUAGUAAAUAUCGCCGUUGCUUUCAAUGUAAACGACGUUUAUCAAACCAUGGCCAGACAAAUAUUUGGAACAGUACAUUCAUUACAACUGGAACAAAUUAGUGAAUUAACUUACUCUUAAGACAAUGCACAGUGAACUCCUACCAAAAUCAUGGAAAUGCCCACAAUUCUCAGUAUCUGAAUUAAUAAUGUAAACUGGUUCAGCAUAUUUCCCUUAGAUUACAGUGGAACUACUGUUGCAAGGGAGUAUAUGUUGUACUGUUAAUCAUUUUUUGUCUAAUCAAGUAGCUUU